AACUGCAACUAUAAUCACAGAUUCUACCUAUAUCGAAUCAGUUCUUUGAUUCAAACGACACCAGUGGUAUACCAUUCGCCGCUCCCGGUUGGCAUCGGUCGUCAUCUAUUUGAUUUCAGGGAUUUGAUUUCAGGGAAUAACCAUGGACUCGUAUUUGGGGCUCGUUUUAUUGUCUUCUAUUAACAAUAUCUGAGGAUAUUUUCCGAGUUGGCCUAUAAAAUAACCCAUGCACUUCCAGUCUCAUUUAUGUAGAGCAGUUUAACAGGAAGAGAUGACAGCAUUGAUCUACUAGGUUUACUCUUUAUUUGCAGAGCGCAACCACCCUUUUUGUCUGUUUGUGUCCAUUCUUAUUUGUUUUCAAGUUCUUCUUUUGUCUGGAUCCGACUGAAAACUCUUUGCCAAACAAUUUCUUUUGCAUGCAGUUAUUUAGAGCAUAUGCACACGAUCUGUAUACCGAGUCUAUAUUUUACGUAGAAUAUAACCAUCCUUACAAGCGCAAAAUAUACCUGCAAUUAACAGCAAUCGGUAUCAUGCAUGCCGAGGCCAGAGACAAUAGAGUUUUGGAAGACAUUUAAUGGACAAACAAGUCGAUGAAAGUGUUUUCAUGUAAUUGUUCUUCCCAACUUUUUUUUAUUCAUGUUAUCCUUUAUUCAGUUGUGAAAUCAAUGAUUUGGUAAAGGAUGAUUUAAAACACUCUGUAUGAUAAAAGAACACUUUACUUCAUUUUAAUUUCUGCGCAGUGACACUUUUAGAUCUUCCACAAUAUAGAUCUAUCCAUUCGGAAACUUCACCUUGCAGUCCAUUUGUGGAUCAUUGAUCUUGGAAUUUCAAUUGUUCCAAGAACUAUUUUUUUUAAAGCCGUACGCCUCCAUUUCUUUUUUCAAUAUAUAUGACUGGCACAAGGAUAUUUCGUAUGUUUCUUGGAUUCCGUCGGAACUAACACGAAAAAAAAAUAACAAUGGGAAGUGCAGGACGUCUCAUCUUCUUUGCUCUCCUCUACAUUCUGUACAUUUGUCUCGGGGCCGGGGUGUUCAUGGCCCUGGAGAAGCCGUAUGAGCAGAAACUGGCUGAAGACAUCAUCCGCAGGAGAGACAGGUUCCUCGAUGCCCACAACGAGUGCAUGACUUCCGAGGAGCUCGACCAGUUCGUCAACGACAUCGAGGAGGCGUUCCAGUUCGGCGUCACCUACGCGGUCGCCGUCAACUCAACGGCCAACACCAUGUGGGAUUUCGGAGGAUCGUUUUUCUUUACCACAACACUUCUGACAACCAUAGGUUACGGGCAUGUGUCACCGCUGACAGUCGAUGGUAAACUUUUCUGUCUAUUUUUUGCUCUGUUUGGUAUUCCUUUUACGUUCUUCUUUCUCGGUACAAUCACCUACGCCGUCAGCAAACCGUCGCAGAUACUGCUUGACUUCCUAACUGAAAAAUUCGAUCAUAAAGGAUCGGGUGUCGGCGUUCGGGUGUGUCAUCUUUUCAUCCUCUUCGUCCUCAUCCUCGCCCUAUUCUUUCUCAUUCCUGCCGCCAUUUUUACCGCUUUAGAAAAGAGAUGGAAUUACUUUGAAAGUUUUUACUUCAUCUUUGUGUCCCUCACCACCGUGGGCCUGGGAGACUUUGUUCCCGCUACCGCUAUCCGUGAAGGGAGCGUCUACGAGAGCACACGAUCCAUCUACUUUAUAAGUGUAUCACUCUACCUCCUCCUCGGUUUGGGCAUGAUGCUGCUCCUGGUGGAUACCGUCAUCAAGAUCCCUCAGAUCCAGCGGCUUUGGGAGAUGACAACUCCCGCCUCCUCGGCCGCCCCAUCGGUCUCCUCCUCCAGGAGCUCCUCCCCGGCUGCGCUCCAUCGGGAUCUGCUGGCGAAGAACCCGUUCGGGAGCAAGAGGAAGUCAGAGGAGGAGCGGGAGCUUACCAAAGAUGCGGCCCCUAUCGGCAGGAGCUACGACGCCAUUCGGGAUAAGAAGGAAGACUCAUGAAAUGAGGAGGCGAUGAUGUUGAUUCACCCCGAUGAACACCGGUAGAAUUUCAUCAAUGGCAUUAUUUUACUGAAGAACAGACACAGAGUUUUAAGGCCUUAAUGUAAAACACAUGUUAACAGCUCGUGAGAGAAAGAGAGAGAGAGAGGGUGACAGAUGGUGUUAGGGUGUGGGUGAAAGAGUGGAGUGUGUGCGUAUCAGAUUGCAUGACAAAAAAGAAUUGUGUGUCUGGGUCGGAUUUGAUGGUAGAAAGAGAGAGAGAGAGUGUGUGAGUGAAAGAAUUAAAGGAAGAGAGCGAGGGAUGGUUGAUGUGUGUGUGAGGGUGUGUGUGCGUGCGUGCCAGUGUGGGGUGCAAGUGUGUAAUGUGUAGUGUUUUUGCACGUGGAAUUGGAUGAUGGAUGUUUGUUGGUAAGUUUAAUAUACGUUUUUAUUAUAGGAGGGAGAGCUAAUCAAAACAAAAUGUUCAAUAUCUUCAUCACGUUUGCUGUCUUAUGAGACAAUGAGAUAUGUUUCACAUGCACCUUUUUGCAAGGUAUUUACUCAUCUCUUUCGAAAUCGUCGUUACAAAGUCACAAGUUAAUCAAACUUAUCGUUUGUUUUUGUUGAUGUCGAUGUCAUUUACAUUAAGAUCACGUUCGUGAAUGCGAACUCAAACGAGUGUUGCCUCAUCACUGCCACCAUCAUCGCCCAUACAUGUUGUCGAUCUGUAAACCAAUCUAUUUUAGAUCAUCUUUGGAAGAGAAUGAUAUGUUGGAUUUUUUAUUUUAUUUUAUUUUUGUUAGAGGGGCGCACUUUAUAAAGAGCUAUGGCUAUUUUAACUUUGCUAUUAUGCAACUACCGCGGAUUGUGAUUGGCUGCUGAGUCAUGUUACCGCGACAGUUUGUUGUAACGGCAAAGUUACUAUAGUUCUGUCUUUUUUAUGAAACGAACCCUGGGUGUGGUAUUCUGAUGGUUAGGUUAAAUUUGGGUUAAUAUUAGACAAUACUUUUAUGUAAUGCCAUUUGUCAACUUAUUCAUCAAUUAAUUUUUUUCUUAUCCUUCCUUUAAAAAAAUUUGUAAAAACAUCAAUUGCAUCCUGAAAUGGGAAAAAUAGGAAAAUACAAAAAUACAAUUAAUUUCAAUCAAUUAAUUAUUACAUUUUAAUUAUCACAAAUAUGGAAGAGAUAUUAUGAAGCCAGUAUUCCUAAGUAUGGUUUAAAACUCUAGUUUAGACUUGGGUUAAACCUAGGUUUAAUUAUCAGAAUCCAACCCUGGAUGUUUAGUUGACAUAGUUGUAAUUAUGGUGUUUGCAAGUAUUUAAAGUCUGUUUAAUACAAUCAUUUAGAUAUAUAAAUUGAUUUGCUCAACACACUGAUAAGGAAUAUGAUUAUAUUUGGAAUCCUUUUAACAUAUUACUUCACGUUGAGUGUUUAAGCACGUUCAAGUCCUAGGUCACCUCGUCGUAUGUUCGUAUCGCAUAAAAUUGUAAGGUAAUUUUGUCAUUAUGGCAACUACAAGCCAAUGACAGAAUCAACAUUUCAAUUGAAGCUAUUCCAUACUGGCAAAGUUACCAUGCAUGGUUAUGAAACGCAACACUGGCUAUGAGAUCUUCAUUAAGUGAUGAUUCAUGAAAAUAAAACAUUUGAAUACUACCGAACGUUAUUUCAUAGUUUAAUGAAAAUAUACACGUCGAAGUAUUCUUUUUCUAUUUACUCUUUAUAAAUCUUAAUUGAAAUUAUUACUGUUUAUAUUUUUAUUCAAAUUUAUUUACGCAGUAAUCAUGCUUGAAAUAUAGAGAGAAAAUAUUGUACAAAUUGUUUAUUCGGUCACACUUGUAGCCGUAUUUCCUUAAUUGUUUUUAAAUGUAGAGAGAAAAUAUUGUUCAAAAUUAUUUGUUUGGUCACACUUAAUGGCAUAUUUCGUUAAGUAUGUCACAUUCAUGAUUUUUAAAUGUACAAAGAAAAUAUUGUACAAAAUUGUUUUAGUAUGUCAUUCCAUUAAGUUGAUAAUUUUUUAUUUAGUGGGGGUGUCUAUUUAUGUUCACGAUAAAUACCUUUCUAAAUAUGAUGGUUGCGGUUGUAAAGUUUAUCUUUUGGUGACAAGACAUUUGCUCCGGCGACAAUUACUCUGGACUUUAUUGCAGUAGGGCUUUAUAUUAGGUUUAGGGUUUGGUUUAUGAUAGGGUGUAGUGUUAAAUUGAGGGCUGAAGUUGGUCAUUCCAUUAAUGUGUUGAAUUUACAGCAGAGCAAAUGCAAUGGAACUGGUGUUGAUCUGGAGCUGUCGUGGGAGACAUAUGUACCAUAUAAGUUGCCACUGAAAACAAAGAGAAAACAAAAGAAUG